UCUGGAGUAAUGAUGGAGGUUAGUGCCUACUUAUUAGUCUUUCAAAUUUACUAAUGCAAUAUUUUAGGUUAAGAAAAAGUCGAAUACCUGGACCACGAUGUUUGCUCUUUUCCCAAGUUUGGAGAGUAUGAUCAAGCCCGAGCAGAUCAAUGCGGGUUGUAACCUUAUGAUCUUGAGCAGCUCGCUCAAUGAUGAGUUCGGUGCGCUAGAGCUCGCUCUUGAACCCACCGAUGACGACAGAACAUACAAGAUUGUAACCUACCCCAACUUCUCAGGAUCAGAGGCCCAUUACUUCCCUCCAGCCAACAGAGAUGGCACGCGUCUUGUCACGUUUCAUCACCAUGAGGGUCCGCUGGAGCUGCCUAGUCAUACUCUUCUCAGCACUCAUUCCGCGGUCGCCCGAAUCCUACAUGCAUCCGGAAUGGCGGAAAUCAUUGAUCGUGUGCUGGAAGAUGCCGCGGAAGUCAAGUGCUUAGCCUCAGAUGGGAGCACAGACCUCCAAAUUAUGCUCCCGGCACUCCUAGCCUGUUAGGCGCGAAGGUUUCGGAUGGUUUGCCAAUGCCCUGCGGAAAACGAAUCGCGAUCAAAAAGUUCAGUUGUAAUGAGAUGAGUGGAAGAAAUACUGAGAAUUUGCCUGGGGAGUUACUAGCAAUGGAUGGGAACAUGGGCUGGCAAAAGGAAAAGAGAAAACAUGGGUACCUUUCUUUUCCUGUAUUCUCUAAUAGCUUUUCAUUCUGCGC